CGCCAACAUGGAAUGAUUACACCCGAGGCGAUUCCCAUGAUCACAAUAAAGUUGCACAAAAAUUCGAGAGGUUCCAAGAAUUCCCAUCUCUUUUUGUUACAAUAUCGCUGUCCCUUUUUUCCACUCGGAGCUUUUAAACGUUAACAUUCUUAUUCUUCUCGCACCCUUGUGAUUUAUGCGGUCCGGCCCCAUCCUUACGAUCGAGACAUCGCUACCCAAAGUGCCAUUCGUUAAAUUCCAUUUCUAAAAGUAUCAGCGGAUAUUGUGUCUCCGGUGUUGUCAGCACUGUGCCAUAUUCGAACACUCCAGCCUCUUUAUGAUUCCAUUUCUCCGGUUGAUUGGGUUCAGCGGAAACGGGAUUUUGGUAACGGAAGAGGGUUCGAUUUUGUGGGAAUUCCGAGUGGAUACGCGAGUGCGGUCAGCAGCUCUCUCCGCGUGCGGGCUGCGCGUGCGCACUGCGUGUCAGUCGCGGACACAGCACCACCACGGGCAGGCGUCGUCGGAGAUGACUGCCGCAUGGGAGAUAUAGCUCCAAUUCCGUCCCGGGCGUUAACUGUUGCUCAUAAACGGUCAAUGGGCUGAGUUGUGUAAUCAUCGUUCGCGCCGUCCUUUGAAUUUGUUAUGGCUCUUGCGCGCAACAGCCGUGUUUAUAGAAUUUAACUCCAAAUAUUAACCGUUCAGUGUCCAACGUGAAGUUUUGCCGCGAACUCGUGCGUACAAUUCGUGUUGACUUUUCGCCAUCCCCCUUAUCGGGUGACGUGUGCAUACACAUGAUAAGCGGCGAGGUGACUAGAUAAAUUUCAAAAUUACUAAUAGCAGGUCAUACUGCUUAUAAAAGACUUGUUUUAAUGUUGACGGGUGUUGUAAAAGGUUUAAUGGCAUACUUAAUGGGCGAACGUUAUUUUUACAGACGUGCCCAUUAUUUCCAGUGUUGUUUCUCGUGAAGCUCAUUAAGUUUGGAGCAAUCCCGCGAGUAGUCGGAGACACAGAUGUAUGAGUGAUGCGCCGGCGCCGGUGCAAGUGUAGCGGUGGACUAUUUUCGUAGCACGGAAAUAAGAGCGGCAAAAGGAGCAAAAAGGCACGUCUGCCUGAAAAACUUGAGGACGUAGUGCCCAGUGUAUUUCUGUCAGUGCUGGACUGAUGUGUGAUGUAGUCGGAAUUGUUACAUCAGUGUGAUUCGUGCUCGAUAAAAUGAAGAAGCGGACGAUCUCCAAACUUAAGUCAAUAUUUGGCUCGAAGAAAGGGAAAAAGCAGCAGCAUCCAAACAAAUCGCGGACACCGUCUCCGUCGCCUGAAGAGCUAGCGUCAUGUUCGGUGCGGUCGCUGCCGCGCACGCCGCCGCCGACACGGCCCGCGCCGCCCCCGUCCCCGCCCGUCCCCACCCACCCCGUGGCCCCCGUGGCCCCCGAGCCGCCCGGCCCCCUCACGCUCAGCUCGUGCCCCGUCUGCGGGCGCACCUUCGUCCCGGAGUCCCUCUUCAAACAUGUCAAGAUCUGCGAGAAAAUGGCGGCGAAGAAGCGGAAGACGUUCGACUCUUCCAGGCAGAGACGUGAAGGGCUGUCUGCAACAAACGGGGUGAUUAAUAAUGGCACAGACCUAGAACAAUACCUACCAAAGAACUUCGGUCUUCCAGACAACAGUCCGUUCCUUGAGAAGUCCCCCCCCUGCACCGCCAAGCCCACCCCCAAGGCCAAGCCGGCCGCCGUCCGACACGCCAUCACGAAGGUACGCAAAGAAACUCCGAGCGCAGAGCUACAGCGUUGCCCGCACUGCACCCGCGCGUUCGGACCGCGCGCGUUCGAGCGGCACGUGGAGUGGUGCGCGGACAAGGCCAAGAUCCUGCCCGCUGCGCCCGCGCAGGCGCCCGCCCGGCUCUCCGACGCGAAGCAGAGGUUGAACGCGCGCACGCAGUAUAAAGCGCCGCCGGUUAGGGGACGACUGUCGUCCCAGAGUCGCGACAAAUGUUCCAUGAGUCGGUCUACGUCGGUGGAGUCGUCGCGCGCCGUGUCGCCGCCGCGAGAGCGAGCCGACUCCAGACAUGAACGAGUGCGGGCCUCAGAGUCCCUAUCCAGUAACGACGACGUGUCCUCCCCCCACGUACCCGUGAUACGCACGUCGCGCGGCGCCCCGGCGGCGGCGGGGGCGGGCGACGCGGGCGUGCGGGCCCGCCAGGCGCGCCUAGCCCGCGACCUGAGCAGCUCCAGAAUCGAUGAUAGUUACGAUCCCUUCGCCAAGGCCGCCAGGCAAAUGAAGGAGCUCAUGGCCUCUGACAACAAUAUCCCUCAAAAACUCCAAACAUCCCACAAACAAACACCCAAAGAUCUCAACCGCACCCUUCCCAACAUCCGACCCGCUAAAGACAAACACACUAUGUCCUAUCUUAGACCGGACAACACCAAAUUGAUGAAAGACACUCUCAAUAAGAAUUAUCAGAAAACUCCGACUUUGCAAAGAAUGAAAUCGUUUGGUAGCACCAACAACGAUUAUAGCAACACUUUCGGUGGAAGGUGUAGCUCGUUUAGGUUAAACAGGAAUGAGAGUAAAAAGUCUAGUCAAACAAAACUCAACACAACAUUCACCAAAUCGAGUAAGGAGAACAUUAGCACCUUGGAUAAGAGUUCUUUUAAUCGAAACAGUAGUCUCAAUAGAUCGUUCUCUAGCUACACCACAUCUAGUUAUAGCACACCCAAACCCAGAGACAAAAUUCCUAAAAUCGCAACCUCUUACCACAGUUUUCAACGCACAACCAUAAAACAACCUGUGAAACUGGAUAAGAUAAACAACAAAAGCGAAAAUAAAAAGGAUUUCGUAAAUUUGGAUUCGAUUCUCACUGAUGAUAACUCGUCCACACUUACAGACAGUAACUACAUCGAUCCGAGACUUAUAAACGAAAACGAUAAUUUACCGAUCAAUGUUAACACUAUUCUUAACAACCCUGAUAUAAUCAGUAGCAUGGAAUCUUUACUGACUACUGAAAACUUACCUGCGAAAUUUGAAUCUUUCAGUUCUAACACAGUAAAUAACAAUUACGAUAGAGAAAUGAAAUUCUCUCAAACUACUUUAGGUAACAACAGAAAAAACAACAUUCUAAAUAACAAUACAAACAAGUCCACUAAAGUAGACGAUUUGGGCUCCCCUUACGAUAAAAUGAUGUCUUCUAUUGAGCAAAGUAUAGCUUCCAAAACCUCAAUCAGAGACGAUGAUUCUCUGUGCGAGGACUUUGAUCUCGACGAGUUCAUGACUGCCUUUGAUGACGAGGUGCAGAAACAGAGAUCUGAGAACAAGAGAUCUUGCAGCUCCACCACUAGGGUCGUGAAACAAGCCGAGCUCAUUGAUAGCAAUAAGUCUAGCAAAUGUUCGUCCCCAGUAGUUAAAACUGUUAGCAAUGGCAACGGUAUGAUUCCUUACAACAAAUCCAUGUCUUUCAAUUUUAGCAGUAACAAUAUCGUGAACAAUGACAACCUAUUCCCAUCCUCCGUCAAACGGUCCUCCUCCCUCCUUGAUUCCAUACAAAAGAAGAGCGUUUCAAAGACGGACAGUGGCAAGAGUCGCCACAACGCUGAUCUGCUAGAACAAGACAUCAUGCAUUCGCUGAAGGACUUUGACAAAUUUUACGAAAAUGAAAGUCAUUCGGUGAAGGAGACUGCCGUAUACAACGUUCAGAUCAAAAAUGGCCACGAUACGGCGAAGCGGGACGCUCGGGCCAAGGCGGAGAAGAAGAAUAAGAAGAACGAAGACGUGACGAAUGGAAACUACACGCCCAACACUAAGAGCACCGACUCCGCUUAUAGCAGGUUAGUCAGUCUUAACCGCAUAUCACCGUCGAAGUUAUCGGUGUGCAAUGCGAAGGAGUCUAACGGCAUGUCUCUGGAGCGAAUACCGGCGGGGUCCGAUUCUAGUCGCGAGAACGACGUGCGCUCGAUGUCGAGCGACGAGUUCCUGGCCAUGGAGCGGUCUGCGGAGCUCGAUGAGCCUAUAAUGAAGGCGCCAGAGCCCCCGCCUUACAAGGAUAUUGACAGUCAUAAAGUUAGCGAAAAGCGUUCUUCCUCCCGCGCGUCUUCCCGCCACAGCGGCACGUGGCAGCCGCGUCUUUCUGCCGAGCUCAGCACAAGUAGCUCCGACGGCUCGCUGCACCGCCGCGCCGCCACGCCCGGCCCGCGCCUGUCGAGGUUCUGCCACGAGUGCGGCUCCAAGUUCCCCAUGGACACAGCCAAGUUUUGCAUCGAGUGCGGCGUCAAACGACUCGCUGUCUGACCGGCUGAGCUAAAAGGGCGCUGAUUGGCCAGUGUUCGUGACGUGUGUUGCUGAUUGGCUGCUCGGUGACGGCGCUGAUUGGUCAGUGUUCGUGACGUGUGUUGUGAUUGGUCGCAAGUGGUGGCUGAUUGGCUGCUCGGUGUGUAAAAGUGUUCAUCCCGCAUCGGCGGUGGUUUCGAUGCAUGGAACAUUCUAGUCUACCAGAACCAGUGGUGUAAACGAUAACCUCGUAUGUUAUGUAUGUGUGAGUUAGGUGUAGAUUGUUGCUUGCACAUGUUGUUUUGGGGAUGAAAGAUGCAUUUUUUGCACUCGUUUUUUAAGUGAUUUGUGACGGUGGUACCCGGACGGGUAUAUAGCAUUUGAAAUGAAAUGCGUAAUUUGUUAAUGAUUGUAACAGUUUGGUCAAAACUUUUUCCUUGAAAAUGUAUUUUCCAAGCGCUAAGUGCACUUAGUAUUUUCAAUUAUGAUCAAAAUUUAUGACAUACCCAAAACUAAUGAUGAUUAGUUGUGUAAAAACACUGUACAAAACUUUUAUUGUAUUUGACUGUUUGUAUGUACAUUUUAUUGUAUUUUCCAUUUAUACAAAUCUUACCAAAAGGCAAUUUGCCUGAAAUAAUUGAAACUUGACAAAGCACAAAUAUUAAUAUUAACUGUGUGCACAAAAGACAAAUAAAAAUUGGACCAUUAAUUAGAAAUAAUGAAAUAUUUUAUAAACUUAAAAAGCAUACUUAAUUAAUGAAAUAAUUAUUUUAAAUGUUACCAAAUUGCUAUACACUAAUAUCUGUCAUCUGUGCCUUCACUAGGUUAAAGUACCUAAAUAUUAUGUUGUUUUUGCACAUUUUACGUAUUUAGUAGCUGUUUUUGUUUGCAUUUUGCAGUAUUUUAUGUACUUGUUUGUAUAUGUCAACUACAGCCAAAACACAACUAUACUUGGAAAUUGAGGUCUGUGAUAAACUGAAUAAUUUGGUAGGAAAUAAACUUUUGUGUUAAAAGAAUUUCAAAAUAAUAUUAAGUGCCAAUUCUUUUGUCUUUUUAAUGCAAUUUUGUUUUCUAUGGUUUUUCAGUUAGGUAAAAUAAUUUUAUUUUGUAUAAUUUAUUCCAAGGAUUUCUGUCUGUCAGUGUUUACAGUAUAGUUGGCCAUUUAACAAGACUGAUUUUGUUUCAACAUUUUAUAAACUAUGAAAAUAAUCCUUAGUUACUGUUGUACAUUAUGUUUUUAAUAUAAUAACAAUUUAUCAUGGUAAUAAAUUAACAUUUAAA